AAUUUGAUUUUGGAGAACCAACACUGCAUCAAUAAUUAUACUAAGCUUUCUUCUCAUGGCUGUUAGAUCAUGUUCUUCUUCCUUCACCUAUGCAUUCACCUAUGAUGUUUUCCUUAGCUUUAGAGGCUCAGAUACACGUCAUGGUUUUGUUGGCAAUCUAUUUAAAGCUCUUCAAGACAAGGGAAUUCACACCUUCAUUGAUGAUGAGGGGCUUCAAAGAGGAGAGGAAAUAUCACCAGCACUUGUCAAGGCAAUUGAAGAGUCAAGAAUUGCCAUCGCUGUGCUCUCUAAUAAUUAUGCAUAUUCUUCAUUUUGCUUAGAUGAACUUGCCCACAUCCUUGAGUGUGUUAAGAGAAAAGAUACAUUGGUUUUGCCCCUUUUUUAUGAUGUUGAUCCCUCUCAUGUGAGAUACCAAAGAGGUAGUUAUGGAGAAGCAUUGGCAAGUCAUGGAGAAAGGUUCAAGCAUAACAUGGAGAAGUUGCAGAAAUGGAAGAUGGCUUUGCAUCAUGUAGCUAACUUGUCUGGCUACCAUUUCAAACACGGAGAUGGUUAUGAAUACGAGUUUAUUGGGAGGAUUGUUGAGUUGGUUUCCAACAAGAUUAAUCGUGCUCCUUUACAUGUUGCGGAUUAUCCUGUUGGACUAGAGUCACAAGUGCUGGAAGUAAGGAAACUUUUGGAUGUUGGAUCUGAUGAUGGUGUUCUAAUGAUAGGGAUUCAUGGAAUUGGUGGGAUAGGAAAAACAACACUUGCUCUGGCAGUUUACAAUUUGAUUGCUGACCAUUUUGAUGGUUUGUGUUUUCUAGAAAAUGUGAGAGAAAAUUCAGACAAACAUGGGUUACAACAUCUCCAAAGCAUCCUACUUUCAGAAAUACUUGGAGAGACGAAAAUUAAGUUAGCGAGUGUCAAACAAGGAAUUUCAAUACUACAACACAGGCUCCAGCGACAGAAGGUUCUCUUGAUUCUAGAUGAUGUCGACAAGCACGAGCAAUUAAAUGCCAUUGUUGGAAAACCUGAUUGGUUUGGUCCUGGCAGUAGAGUCAUCAUCACGACCCGGGACAAACAUCUACUAGCAUGUCAUGAAGUUAAAAGUACACAUGAGGUGAAGAAAUUGAAUAAGAACGAUGCUCUUCAAUUACUUAGUUGGAAAGCAUUUAAAUCAGAAAAAGUUGAUCCAAGUUAUGUGGAUGUCAUGAAUUGUGCAGUAGCUUAUGCUUCUGGUCAUCCAUUGGCUUUGGAAGUAAUCGGUUCCAACUUGUUUGGUAAAAGUAUAGAACAAUGGAAAUCUGCUAUCAAUCAAUAUAAAAGAAUUCCAAAUUGUCAUAUCCUAAAGAUACUUAAAGUAAGCUUUGAUGCUUUAGAGGAAGAAGAGAAGAGUGUUUUUCUUGACAUUGCCUGUUGCUUUAAAGGAUAUAACUUAGAAGAAGUUGAAGAUAUACUUCAUGCUCAUUAUGGUGACUCCAUGAAAUAUCAUAUUGGGUUGCUGGUUGAAAAAUCUCUCAUAAAGCUUACUUGGGCUGGUGGGGUGACAUUGCAUGACUUGAUAGAGGACAUGGGUAAAGAGAUUGUCCGACAGAAAUCACCGAAAGAUCCUGGGAAGCGCAGUAGAUUAUGGUUACCGGAAGAUAUAAUUCAUGUUUUCGAACACGACUCGGGAACUGGUGAAAUUGAAAUCAUACGUCUGGCUUCCUCCUUACUUGACAAAGAAGAAAUAAUUAAAUGGAAUAGAAAGGCCUUCAAGAAGAUGAAAAACCUCAAAACACUUAUAAUUAAAAAUGGUCAUUUUUCCAAAGGUCCCAAACAUCUUCCGAAUAGUUUAAGAGUACUGGAAUGGGCGAAAUAUCCUUCACAAGGGUUUCCAGCUAAUUUUUGUUCAAAGAAACUGAGCAUAUGCAAGUUACCUAAAAGUUGUUUCUCACUAGAGUUGGCUGACUUAUCAGAGAAGUUCAUGAACAUGAGUGUUUUGAAUUUUGACGAGUGUGAAGGUUUAACACAAAUACCAGAUGUAUCGGGGCUCCAAAAUUUAGAAAAAUUUUCAUUCAAAAAUUGUGAGAAUUUAAUUACAAUUCAUGAUUCCAUUGGAUUCCUACAUAAGCUUAAAUUCUUGAAUGCUAUAGGUUGCAGAAAGCUCAGGAGUUUUCCACCCCUCAAACUGACCUCUCUUGAGAAACUUGAACUUUCAUAUUGUUCCAAUCUUGAGUGUUUUCCAGAAAUAUUAGGGAAAAUGGAAAAUAUAACAGAACUUGUGUUGGAGGCCUCUGCCAUAAAAGAAUUGCCAUUUUCAUUUCAAAAUCUCACUGGGCUUCAAAUAUUACAGUUGCGUCUAGGAGGAAUGAUUAGGUUACCUAGCAGCAUUGUCAUGAUGCCAAAAUUGACUGAGAUUAUUGCUUGGGAUUGGAAAGGGUUGCUAUGGCCAAGACAGGUUGAGGGUGAAGAAAAAGUAAGCUCAAUGGUGUCUUCAAAUGUAGAUUGUCUUUGUCUCUCAGGCUGCAACCUGUCUGAUCAAUUUUUACCAGUAGCUCUCUCAUGGUUUGUUAAUGUAAAAGAUUUAGACCUAUCAAGGAACAAGUUCACAGUUCUUCCUGAAUGCAUCAGUGAAUGCCAUUUUUUAUGGAAGCUUAUUUUGGAUUAUUGCAAUUGUCUUCGAGAAAUUAGAGGGAUGCCACCAAACAUAGAACAUUUCUCUGCAAGAAACUGUAAAUCCUUGACUUCUUGUAGAAGCACAUUACUGAAUCAGAAACUGCAUGAAGCUGGAAACACCAUGUUUUGGUUGUCAGGAACAUGGUUUCCAGAGUGGUUCGAGCACCACAGCAAGGGACUGUCUAAUUCUUUCUGGUUUCGUGAUAAGUUUCCUGCCAUAGCUCUUUGUACUGCUAUUGGACCAACGCGUGAACAGAUUACAAUUGUUGGACCUAUUGUGAUCAUCAAUGGCAUUGAAUGUUCGGUUGAUGAUGAGGAUGAUUCCUAUUUAUGGAUGGAGACUGAUCAUACAUAUCUUUUUGAUCUGCAAAAGAUAAAUUUCGCAGAUAAUUUGGACAAAGAACUUGUAGAAAAUGAAUGGAACCAUGUGGAGAUUACAUACUCAGUCAUAUCCAAUGAAAAGGAAAAACAUGUGGAGAUUCCAGUCUUUAUAGAAAGUGGAAUCUAUAUAUUCAAACAGAGGAGUAGAAUGGAGGAUAUUCGAUUCACUGAUCCUUAUAAAAGGAGAAAAUUAGAUGAUGGUUUGGAAUCAUAAAAGCCACACCCGGCGAAAAGAGCAUAGAUUCAUAGACAUGGAGGUUUCUAAGACAAAUUCUUUUCUUCGUGCACCAGCAAUGCAAUAAUUGGAGAAUAAUAUGAAUUAUGAUUCAAAUCAACAUGGAUAAGGGGCACCACUAGUGUUAAAGGCAUACAAACCUUGUGGAGGGUUAAUAAUUUUCAUUGCUCAAUUCAGAGGAAACCCUUUUCGCUCUCUUUAAUUAGCCAUAUCCUAGGUUUAUUUUUCCAGGAGUAUUUUGCAACACAGGAUUCAACAAUGCACACUUGAGUUUUGAUACCCUAUUAUGGGUGGAGAGUUGGAGGCCACUGAGAAUAUUAUAAGUAGUUAGAUUUUAAGUUUUAGAAUUUCUACAGCCAAUGAGAAGUUAAAUUUUUGUCUUGAUUAUGUAAUAAAUAGUUCAAUUUUGAUAUUAUAAUUACUUGGAAUUCAAUUGUUUGUGGUUGAGUUUUAAAUCUUGAUUAUGUAAUAAAUUAUUUAAUUUUAAUAGUAUAAGGACUUAGAAU